CUCGCCCGCUGCAGGCGACCCGCUGAGAGAUGGACUUGGCAGGCGUGCUGCUGGCGUUGCUCCUCGUGCUGGUGCUGGUCGUCUCCCUGCUCUCCAACCUCCUGGUGCUGCUAUGCUUCGUCUACAGUACGGAGAUCCGCAAGCAGGUCGCCGGGGUUUUCCUGGUGAACUUAUCCUUUUGCAACCUGCUCCUCACCGUCCUGAACAUGCCUUUCACCCUGCUGGGGAUCCUGAGGAACCAGCAGCCCCUCGGGGGCUGCGUCUGCAAAGCGGUGGGUUUCCUGGAAACUUUCCUCACUUCCAACACGAUGCUGAGCAUGGCAGCGCUCAGCAUCGACAAGUGGAUUGCCGUGGUGUUCCCCUUGAGCUACACCAGCAAGAUGCGGUAUAAGGACGCUGUGAUACUGAUGGGCUACUCGUGGCUUCACUCCCUCACCUUCCCCUUGGUAUCUUUGUUUUACUCGUGGGUAGAUUACAGCAGCGUUUAUGCCUCUUGCACCUUGCACCUGAAGGAAGAGACGGAGCGGAGACGCUUUACGGUGUUCACCAUCGUCUUUCACUCCACCAGCUUCAUGCUGUCGCUGGUGAUCUUGUGUUUCACCUAUUUAAAGGUGUUGAAAGUUGCUCGGUUCCAUUGCAAGCGGAUAGACAUUAUUACCAUGCAGACUCUGGUUUUGCUGGUGGACAUCCAUCCCAGUGUGAAGCAGCGCUGUCUCAACGAGCAGAAACGGAGGAGACAGAGGGCUACCAAGAAAAUCAGUAUUUUUAUAGGGUCGUUCGUGAUCUGUUUUGGUCCUUACAUUAUCACCAGGUUGAUAGAGCUCCUUCCUUUUGUUACCAUAAACUACUACUGGGGAAUUAUAAGCAAGUGCCUCACCUACAGUAAGGCUGCGUCAGAUCCAUUUGUUUACUCACUUUUACGUCAACAGUAUAAAAAAGUUCUGAUCAACAUCGUCAAUAGGAUACUUAAGAGGGAUCUGUAUCCAUCAUCAGGGUACAACAGCUCUCUCGACACUGAAAAUGAUUACUGCUUGCACAGAACAAACUAACAACAUGGUAAGCACUCCCCUUUGAGUGAGACAGGCCUUUGACACUGCUGGAAAGCUGCCUUUUCCCUCUCAUGCUGACAGUGGUGACAGUGUCUACAGGGUAUGGAAGCUGCAUUAAAGAAACGUAAUGUCUUUGUGGACUUUCCUGAAAGGCUCUUCCCUCAUCUGCAGUCAGUGCGAUAUAAGGCAAGGCCUUGCUCCUGAGUGAAUGGAGUAGGCUUGAGGGGUUUAAGAGAGCCUUUGGAGAAGCUUAGAGGGAGCUUUUAAUAUUUCGAGUCUGAAGACUUGGUAUUUCUCGGAGCAUCCUGCAUCAGAUGUAAUAACCCACUGUCUUCUGGGACCACAGGAAUCCCCAGCUUGGAAGAAGAGGUCCAGAGUCCUCCGUGCUGUGCAUGUCCCUUGGCAGCCCUGGAUCUGUCCUAUUAGUUUUGAACAUUAAAAUUAAAUCUCUUAAUUGAUUGAUUAAUUGUAUUGGUGCCUCAAGUAAGUGAUAUGGGUCAGCACUUUGAAUCUGAGAUUGUUAUUAUUAUUAUUCUUUAUUACUAGGCAUCAUGAUUGUAACAUAGCCUUUAGGAAGUGGUACAUAUAUUUGAUAUGCCAGUAUUCUAUCAAGCAUAACCAAAGUCCACAUAUCUGAGUUACUACUAUUUAGCACUUCAAUGGUAUGUGAUGAUGAUAACAAUAAUUGCAGCAACAGUAACAAAGGCAUAUAUGGAGUUUAGUUAAAUAGUACUGUAGUUCCAUCACUGAGCUAGUCCUAUUCAAAUUAGCUUUUAUUGAGGGAAAAGAACAGCAACAAAAACAACAAAAAGACCAGUUAGGCAGUAGAAGUAACAGACUCCACUGUGUUUAAGAUAUAUUACUUCAGAAGCUAUCUGGUUUCAAAACAGGCUAAAAUAUGUUAAUUCUUUUUAAGGAAUAUACAAUGUGUAAAAUAUUUCAUGCAUUGGCUAUAUUUGGUGGAUUGUAAUAAUAUUGUAUUCUUUUAUAUUGAUCAAUUAAUCUGAUGAUUUUAACAGAUACCAAGAGAUGUCUGAGAGAUAUUAUAACAAACUUGCUGCCAAAUGCCCAGAAACACAAAGCUGCUUUGUUAUUAUAUGUAUUUUUAUUUACUUUUAAAUUUAAAAAAGCUUUGGAAAAAAAAUGUAGGAAUUAUUUUUGAACAAUGUUCUUUUGAUUAUAUAAAACAUGUUUCAAAAUAUUCUAUGGCAUUCAAUAAGCUACUAUUUUCUAAUCUAGUAUAUAAAGGGAAAAUUAAAGUAAUUCUAAGAUAUAUUUAAGAAAAGAGAAGACGUUAAAGAACAAUUAUUUUUUAUGUAACAAUGAAUUUGACCCUAUUAAGCACUAAGAAGACUCCUUCUGGUCAAACUAAGUAUAUAAGCAUGUGAUUAGGUACAAAUAUAAUUUCCUUUGAAGUUAAUAGUUCUGUUCCCAUGCUGAAAAUUAAGUAGAUGCUUAACUGUUUUGUAAACUCAGUGUUUCAGUAGUCAGCACAUGGAAAGAGGGUUGUUCCCACUAUCCUCAACAUAGAAAAAGGAGAGCACCUUAUUGCAAUCCCAUUGAAGUCAAGGAAAGUUGAUGCUGUGUAACAAAUACUAUGUUCUCUUAUCUUCUGCUUUUAAUCUCCGAGGCCUUUCUGAAGCUAUUUAUUUUUUAUUUAUUAUUUAGCCUUGUGAGUACUUUAGGCUUCUGUGCUUUGCAUCUAUAGUUCUGCCUGUGUUUAAAUUGAAUGUAUUAUAAUGGUUUUGUCUUCUUAGUAAAGUAUUUGUACUCUCUCCAAUUUUGUGUAAAUACAAUAUUUCAGAAAAAAAAAA